AUGCCGUUUCCGCCAAGUGCGGCACCGAUGAAAAUCCCCAAGAGAUUUCGCACGCCCGAUAUCCCGAAGUACAAUGGGACAACGGACCCAAAUGAGCAUGUGACUACAUAUACAUGCGCUAUCAAGGGCAACGACCUCGCCGAUGACGAAAGGGAAUUAGUGAUGCUUAAGAAAUUUGGGGAAACUCUGUCGAAGGGAGCUAUGAUUUGGUAUCAUAACUUGCCCGAGCACUCGAUUGAUUCAUUUGCCAUGCUCGCUGAUGCUUUUGUUAAGGCCCAUGCCGGGGCUAUCAAGGUUGAAACCCAAAAGUCGAAUUUAUUCAACGUCAAGCAACGAGAUGGCGAGACCUUCCACGAAUACCAGCCGUACCCGCUCAAUCGAAGGGGGAAUGGGCGUAACAGCGAAUCGGGCAAGAAUGAUAGGAGAAACGAUCGAAGGAAUGAUCGAGGUCCAAAUAACCGUGGUUUGGUAAACCGAAAUGUUUUCGAUAGAGCUCCGGGAAACAGAGAAACUCCAAGGUUAUCCGAGUACAACUUUUGCGUCGAUGUAGCAACUUUAGCGGCAGCUGUUAUCCGAAAUAAAGAAACAAGGCAUCCGAGGCCAAUCCAAUCUGACCCGGAGAAGCGGGACAAAAGUCUUAUUUGUAAGUAUCAUCAUACUCACGGCCAUCGAAUCGAGGAUUGUCGACAGCUGAGGGAGGAGGUCCCCCGUUUGUUCAAUUUGGGGCAUCUUCGAGAAUUCCUAAUUGAACGAGCCAAAACCCAUUUUAAAAACCUGAAUUCCAAUAAGCAGGAUAGGCCGGAAGAGCCCCAUCAGGUGAUACACAUGAUCAUGGGAGGAACUGAAGUUCCCAUGGGACCGAUUAUGAAGCGCACGAAAAUUUUCAUAACCAGGGAAAAGCGUAUCCGAAACGAUGACCCCGAUGGCCCCAUCACGUUCAAUGACGAGGACAUGGAAGGCAUCGCCCAGCCGCAUAAUGACGCACUGGUAGCUCGGCUAAUAUCAUCCGAUGGAGAGUCAUCGAACAGCUGGGACUAG